GUUCGAGUUCGAGUUACAGUUGUCGUUCGUUCCAGUUUCGUGUUCCAGUUGCAAGUUGCAUUUUUGGCAUCCUUUGGAUUAGCUGAGUUCCUGUAGCCAUGGAUGAGAUGCCCGAUUUGUCGCACCUGACGCCGCACGAGCGCAUGCAGAUUGAAAAUGUGCUCAUGCGGCAGAAGCAGGAGGAGGACAAACAGAACGAGAUAAUGCGUCGGAAGCAGGACGAAGUUGUUACACUCGAAAUGCAAAUCAGGCAGCGAUCCGAGCAGCAGAAGAAGGCCGGCGUCGAACUGGAUGCCACCUGUCACAUAUGCCUUAAGACCAAGUUUGCCGAUGGCGUUGGCCACAUUUGCCAUUAUUGCAACAUACGCUGCUGCGCUCGUUGUGGCGGUAAAGUAACGCUGCGCAGCAACAAGGUCAUUUGGGUGUGCAUACUGUGCCGCAAGAAGCAGGAGCUUUUGUCCAAGACGGGACAGUGGAUAAAUAAGACUGCGGUGCAACAAGAUGGUUUCAUCCGACGCAUCGAGCCCGAUGGAAGCAGCGAUAUCUCACAGCAGGCCAUUGUGGAUCCACACGACAUUACGGACAAGAGGCCCAAGCUGGAACGCACUCGUAGUGCCGCCGAGAAGGAGAACCUGCCCAUGCAGCGGGCCGGGAGCAUGUUGCGUCGCCAGUACUCGCAACAGGAGCAACCAACGAAUCGUCGACUCUCCGUCUCGGACAGCGGCAUGGAUCCCAUGAGUCCCGGCCAGCAACAACAGCUGCAGCAACAACAACAACAACAGCGCCAUCGCAUGCAGCCCAUGAAUCCACAGCAGGCGCAACAGUACCAACAACAGCAACAACAACAAGGUUACGGUCAGCAGCAUCCACAAAGAUCCGGCGCAUAUCCCGAGGAUGAUCCACGUUACUAUCAGGGCGAACUCGAUGGUCUGAUGCGACAACAUCCACAUCUGGCGCAUCCCAGCCAGGUGCAACAGCAGCCACAGCACCAGCAGCAGUCACAGCACCAACAGCAGCAGCAACAGCAACAGCAUCUCGUGCCUCAGCAGCAGCAGCGACAGCAAAGCCAGCAACAGCAAUACACUGCACGCCAGCAACAACAUCAGCAACAGCAACAUCCGCAACAGCAACAGCAGCAGCAACAACAUCCGCAGCAGCAGCCACAACGACUGCCACAACAGCCUUAUCAGGGACAAGCGACACAUGCACAGAUCCAUCAACAGCCUGCAUCGAUGGGCAGCCAAGGCUACCAGAAAGCACCACCACUGACCCGCAAUCUGACGAUCAGUGGUGGCCAUGCCAUGGAUGCCACCUCCUACAAUCAGCAACAGCAGAACCAGCAACGUCGUGCCUUGGCGGGAGCUCAGUACGCGUCGCAGCAGCAGCGAUCGUUUAGCAGCUCCGAGGAGGAAUUCCAAAAUCAAAUGAUGGCUGCCCAAGCGCAGGCGCAACUCGGUGGCGUCUCCACGAUCAGCGCUGGUUCCGAUUACGACGGCGGGCGUCUACAGGUGCGAACGGAUCCUUGGCGCCAACAGCGCAGCCUCAACGAGCGCGACCUUUUGACAGUCGGCGGGUCGUACGGAUCCAGUGACUUUCGGCUGUUGGCGAACACGAAUCAGCGGCUUUACGCCUCGGCGGAACAACGAGAUAGAUACGAACUGCAGCUGCAGCAUCGCGAGCGUCUGGAGCAGUAUCCGUUGACGAGGACAGCCCGAUUGGACGUGCAGCAGCGCAAUUCGCUCAAUCGGAGCAAUCACGAGCGACAAUUUAAUACGGCAGCUGGUGGUGGGGUAGCUGGUUUGGGUCCUGGCGCUGUUUCAGGUGCUGCUGUUGUUGGCGGUGGUGGUGGCGCCUACCGUCGUGCACCGCCCUUGGCCGCGGCCAGCGGCUGCGGUGGCAGCAGCAGCAGCAGCACCAGCAGCAGCUACUAUCCACAGAGCCAGAGUCAGAGCCAGAGCAAGCCGCAGAUUGUAAUCGGUGCGGGAUCGGGCAUUGCCUAUGAUCGUGCCAUUGGUGGCAUGUCGGCAACAGCUGAUGCCACCAGGGGCAGCCUGAGCCGAGAGCGCGGCCUGCUCGGCGCUGGCGCUGGCGCUGGCGGCGGCAGCAGCUCCCUCAGCUCCACCGAGGCCGCCUAUUGGGACGAGCCGACAGCCGGCAGCACAUCCUCCUCGUCGGCGGCACAGGACUCGCGCCGUUUCACCGAGCGUAGAAUAAAAAAGACUGUGCGCUUUGAUGCCCACGAUGAUGAAUCCAACACCGCCGCAACGGGAUCAUUGCCGCCGGUGACAACCAUACUGCCCUCGACGGCGGUCGAUGUGGGCACUGCCACAUUACUGACGAGCGGCAAGUUGGCACAGCCCCUGGAUGGGGAUUGGUCGCGUUGGGAGGCCGAGCGUCAGGGCAGCCAGGACUCGGCCACAAAAGACUCGGGCAUUGAUACGAGCAGCACCUUCACAAGCAGCGAGGACUCCAAUCGCGGCGAUGGCCCCAAGAAUCCGGUGAAUUGGCAAACAUCCGCGGAUAAUACUCGUAUGAUUGGUCACAUGAUAUUACGUAAAUACUAUGAUGGGGAAGAUAUAUUAGGCUUAAAGGUGAACGGCGGUCAGCCCAUUGGCAUCCAUGGAGGCCCAUGUGGCGCCAUUGUGGAGAAGGUGAAACGCGGUUCGGUGGCCGAUCUCGAGGGCUGUAUACGACCAGGCGAUGAGAUCAUCGAGUGGAAUGGACACAGUCUGCACAACAAAAGUUCAGAUGAGGUCUACGACAUUAUAGACGAGAGUCGAUUGGAUGCCCAAGUGGAGUUGGUUGUUUGCCGUUCGUUGUUGCUGCCAACGGGCGCCAGCAGCGUCGACAGCGGUGGCAGCAGCAGCAACGUCAGCCCCAGCAGCGCCUGCUCCGGUUCCGGUAGCAGUGCCACCCGCCGCUCCUCGGCCAACUUCCCCCACAGCGCCCUCGCCAGCAGUAUGGCUGGCAGUGCGGUUGUCAGCAGCGGAGGGCGUUAUCUUCAGCGUAAAGCGCCUGCGGUUGAAGCCCUCGAGCUACAUCGGGAUAAGCCGAGCGUGUUGAUAACCUCGCCUGGAUCACCGGAUCUGCAUAUCAGUGGCUCGGGUAACGGACUGCGGCAUCGUGGCGGUGGCAGUGGCAGUGCCAGUUCGGGUGCCAAACAGCAGACACAGCGUCUGGGAGCGAGCCACAGCGGACACAGCGGACACAGCAACCACAGUCACAGCAGCAGCGGCAGCGGCAGUGGGAGUAGCAGCAACAGCAGCGCGACACUACAAGCAGCAGUUGCUGCCGCUGCGGGCGGCCUGCACAGCACAACGACGGCGGGCCAUCAUCAUCAUUGCCAUCCGGCAGCUUCAUCACCGCCAUCGCACACGCAUCCGCAUGCGCAUUCGCAUGCACAUCCGCAUCCGCAUCCACAACCGCAUCCGCACUCGUAUUUGCCGCAUCAUGGCAUGGGCAUAACGACACAACCGAUACCCAUCGAGGGUAGACUGCAACUAAAGCUGGGCUACGAUCAAAAUACCCUGCAAUUAAUUGUAACGCUGGUUUGCGCCACGGGUCUGUCGCUACGUCAAAGCGGCGCCGGGCGCAAUCCCUAUGCCAAAGUAUUUCUUCUGCCCGAUCGCAGUCACAAGUCCAAGAGACGAACGAAAACUGUGGGCACAACCUGCGAACCGCGCUGGGGUCAGACCUUUUUGUACUCGGGUCUGCGACGUUGCGAUCUCAAUGGACGACUGCUGGAGGUCACGCUUUGGGACUAUGUGCGCUAUGGAGCCAACGACUUUAUCGGCGAGGUGGUCAUCGAUCUGGCUCAUCACAUACUCGACGACGAGGCCGAAUGGUAUCAGCUGCAGCCACAUCAGGACACCUCCCAUCUCUUACGUGACGAGGGCAGCGAUGUGGACGGCCUGAUACUGACACCGACAGAUCAUUUAUCACCGCCCAGCACGUUGUCGCGUCUCAGCGACUCGGACACAACGUCCGAAUGCGACAUCGAUGGAAUGACGCCCGGUGCCAGCAUAUCAUCCAUGGGCAGCUCCACCAGUCCGCCGCUGCUUGAGCUCGAUCUAAACGAGCGUCGCUCCAGACGUGACAUGUCACCCCAGGGCCGUAAAAGGGUGGCCGGAAUGGUGGCCCGAGAUUAUCGCACUGUAUCUGGCAUUGGACAAAGUUAUCACAAUCAGGCAUCUGCAACGGGCUACUAUAGGCGCGGGGGAGGUAAUGGUGUUGGCGCUGCCAUUGGACCUGGUGGCAUGAGCCUGAGCCAACGCAGCCACUCGGCAGCCCCUAGUGACAAUUAUCACAGCGGACCGGGAAGCGGUGGCGGACACUCAUCAGCUGGCUACGGCUAUAGAAGCAGCAGUCCACGUCGAGGAUCUCUCUCGCCGCCCGACGAUCGUUACAUUGACUAUCCAGUGCUUCCAAUUCACGGAUCACCCAACGCCGCUGCCUACGCAGGAGGCGCUGCUGCAGCGGCAGCACAAGCGACACAGCAACAUCGUUUCCAAUCGCGAUCAGCGACUGCCACACCCACGGGAUCUCCCAAGAAGCGUCAACUGCCACAGGUGCCACAAACUUCGCGCAGCGCCAUGUUGCGUGAUCGACUGGGUCAGGACUUUGACGAGCGUCUGGCUUCGGGCAGCCGCUUUGGUCGUCAUCGGACACGACAGCCGCAUCAUCAGGCCACAUAUCGUAGCACCGGAAUGGGGGGCUGGGAGCGUCACUAUACGGGUCUAUCGGACAGUGAUCUACAGUCGAUGGAUGCACGGAUGAGGCCCAGACAUUCGCUGUCGCCGGACAAGGAUUUUAUGGGCGAGUUCGGUGACUCGGACAUGGAGUCUGUGGUCAGUGUGACGUCGAGUGCCUUCUCCACGCAAUCGGAAAGACCGCGCACCUCUCGCGGACUCAGCUUUUCACGCAACUGGCGCAAUCUUUUUGGUGGCACUCCAAGUAGUUUGCUGGGCGGUGUCGUUGGUGGCCCUGUGACGGGUCUCAAGGUCUAUCCCAUUGAGCACCACCGUGCGAACACCAUCGAGGUGGAUGACUGUGAUUAUCUGUCCAGUGGUGGUGCACAGCAACUCUUGCUGUUGGAGCAACUCGAGCAAUUGCAACAGCUGGCAACACUGGCUGCCACCGAUUCGCCACCCAACACAGCGCUGGUGGGCCCAAGUGGUGCAGCAGCAACCACAACAACACUGCCAAUGCCCGCACAGCAUGUGCUGGUGACGGAUACGAACAGCGGCGAGCUGGUCGAACAGUUCUUUGUGGAGCCAGCUCUAAUGGCGGAGGAGACACAGACGCCGCUGUCGCUUGACCCACUGAUACACGAGCCACUUUUGCAUGCGCAUUGCGUCUAUUAUUCGCCAUCGUCUCAUUUGCCCAACAACACAACAGCAACAUUCAUAACGCCGCUGUCAGACAUGUACCAACAACAACAACAUCGACGCCACCAACACCACAACGGACGCCAGCUCGCUCCCACCACCGCAACCACUCAUGCGAACCACAGCCACCACCACCACCACAAUCACAGCAAUGCCUAUGCGCCGCCGCUGCCCAGCUUUGAGCAAUUCAAGCGCAUUACCACGCCCGUCAUGAAUCUCUUUCGCAGCUCAACCGGCGCUAAUCCCAGCCACAACCACAAUCACAACCAUAAUACCACAUGGCCCGCCCACGAUCACGAUUAUCCGCACACGGUAUCGUCAUCGCCCAGCUCCUAUGUGGGUUAUGUGCGUGAUCAUCUGGAUAAGAGCUGUAGCCACUGUCAGAAUGGCAGCCAGCCGGUGGUGCUGUCCACCAAUACGGCACUGGCCACGCCCGGACUGGCAAUUGGUGCCUGUGGCGAUCCCUGUUGUUUGGCCGAUGCCCAUCCACAUCCGCAACAUCAGCCCAUUACCAGCUCGGAGCCCUCGUUGCCCACCAUGGAUCCGGCCAUGUGCGGUGAAUGCGUCGAUCAGCAUUUUCUGGGCGGUUUGACGGGUCCACAGAUGAAUUUGGGCGUGGUGCCCACCUAUCAUGUCCAUACACCGACGCCGACGGCCCAUCGGCGUGCCAAGUGUCAAUUGGUGCCGCCACCCUCGCUGCCCACACAAUCGGUGCUCCGUCUGUCGCGACAGUUGAGCGAGGAUGCUCUGGUCUCGGCUGUGCCGAUAGCUGAGGCCACGGCACGGGCUCAGCCCACAUCCAUACUGAAGAAACCGAAGCUGGAGCGACGACGCAUGUUUCAUGAGGGACAAUCGCGUUCCCUGGACUAUGAUGAUCUGCAUACCAAGAGCUGGGGCAGGCGUCGGAUACGCUAUGAGGAUGAGGUGAUGCCAUAUGAGAUGGCCAUGUCCAUGGCCUAUCCCAAUGAUGCUGAUGGACAACUGCCCAGUUCCCGUCGCUAUGGCUCCGAGACGAACAUACGGCAAUCGUAUAUGGGCGCCAAUGUGGAUGCCGUCAAUCCACUGAGCCACUCGCAUUUCCUUGUCACCGACGAUAAGAUCGUGACCAUCACCUACGACUCGGAUGUGGGCUGGACACGACGCGGCGUAGCACCCUCCUUGUUUCGGAGUCCCCAUCGACGCGGUCUCGAUGCCCGCAAUCAUAUGUCCCUCGAUCUGCAGCGGACGAGCCAGCAGAAGCUCUACGGUCCUCCGGCUCCGUAUAUGAAAAGGAGGCGUAAUCUGCCGCAUCCGCCAAGUGCACAGAAUGCUCACAAUUUCUCGCCCAUGGAGGCAAAUGUGGCAGGUGUGGGGGUUGGUGGCGGUAGCGUUGGCGGUGUCGGUGUUGGGGGCGGGGGCUUUGGUGGGAUACAGAACAGUAUACAAAAUAACAACAGCAAUCACAACUACUACAACAGUAACAACAACAACACCAUCCACAACAAUAGUCAAGCAGCGAGUAGUGUUAGUAAUAGUCACAACAACAAUAACCAACAACAACAACCACAACAACAACAACAGCAACAACAACAAUUACAUCAACAACAACAACAACUACAACAAUCAGUUAGGCAAAAAGGGAAAGAAGGCAUCGCCAUCAACGGAUUGAUGGCAUCGGCAUCGGAACAACUGACGAAAUCUAGUAGUGGGAGCGGUGGUGCAACAUCUGCUGCCGCUGCUGGUAAUAUCGUCGUCGAUGGUAAUAAUGCUAAUAAUGCUUCUUCUUCCUCUUUUGCAAAUCCCCCACAACAACAUCAUGGUGUCGCUUCACCCAAUAAACGUGCCCCAUCAUCAAUACACAAUACUACAACAACAACUACAACAACAACAAACGACGCCAACAACUUGACCCAUGACGCUACAUCACAACAACAACAACAACAACCAACAAAUACAUGCACAAAUCUCAUUACAAAUACAACAACAACAAACACAUCGUCGAAUGCAACGAAUGCUGCGAAUGCAACAACAACAUCGACAACAACAACAACAACUUCAACCACAACGGCAACGACUGCUACAAAAACUGCCACAAAUACAACAACAAAUAACACGAAUGAACCAAACGCAACAACAACAAACGAUGCGGAUGCGGAUGCUCCGCUCGAUGUUAUCGACUGGGAUGCUAUCGAUGCGAUGCUCGACGAUGAUUUUAGCGAGUACGACAAAGAUAAGAACGGCACCAACGAACCAGGAGGCGCCAAGUCAGCCGACGGCAAUGCCGAAGCUGAAGAGAAAGCUGAUGGCAGCCUCUCAGACACCACAACAGAUCGAAAGAAAUGCGGCAAUGUGGAUCAGGAGCGUUCACCAAAAGGUGGCAGUGGAAUGGGCAAGAAAUCCAACUCCACGUCUCAGCUCUCGGCAACAGGUCGUAAAAGACGUAUGGGCUUUGGAAAGAAGGGUAAGAACUCGUUCACGGUGCAUCGCAGCGAAGAGGUGCUGCCUGGUGAUAUCACGCGCGAGCUGCGCUCGGGCGGAGGAGCGGGCGGUGCCCUCUCCCGUGGCUCGUCCUCGGAGGCGGACCCAGUUGAACAAUUUUUCGGCGAUGGCGCUGGUGGGGAAAGAUUUUCGCCAUCACUGCGUAAUGAUGGAGCCCUUAAUGAGUUUGUGGAUGGUCUAGGACCCGGUCAAUUGGUGGGCCGUCAGGUUCUGGGCGCACCCUCGCUGGGAGAUAUACAGUUAUCGCUUUGCCAUCAGAAGGGCUUUCUCGAGGUGGAGGUUAUACGUGCCAGGGACCUAACGCAAAAGCCCUCAGCUAAAAUGUUGCCUGCGCCCUAUGUGAAGGUAUAUCUGGUAUCGGGCAAACGAUGCAUUGACAAGAUGAAAACAUCGACAGCACGUCGAACUCUGGAUCCGCUCUAUCAACAGCAGUUGGUAUUUAAGCAACCCUACAACGGUUGUGUCCUACAGGUGACCGUAUGGGGCGAUUAUGGCCGAAUUGAAAAGAAAGUGUUUAUGGGCGUGGCACAGAUAAUGCUUGACGAUCUGAAUCUAUCGAAUAUCGUUAUCGGCUGGUACAAACUCUUUGGCACCACCUCACUGGUCAGUUGUCCCACUAAUAUAGGUUUAGGCUCUAGGCGCUCAUCAAUAGCCUCACUCGACUCACUCAAACUCUAACUCUCAGCUAAAACUUAACCAAAUGAAUACUAUCAAACUCGAAUAUGAAACGUACAAAAAUAAUCAAUGAGAUCGACUUGCUAAUUGAUAAAACUCAAACAACAACAUUUGCACAUUUAUGACAUAGAUUUGUACUUGCAUACAUUUACGUAGCAAACAUUUUGUUCGGUAUUCAAUAAUACAUAUUAUGAUAUACAUACAUACAAUAAUGCCAAAAUGCUUACAAAAAAAAAAAAUACAAAUAUUUUAAAAAUAGUUCAAUCUUUAUAGCAUAGUCAGUCAUAAAAAAAAAACAUCUGUACAAACACAAUUAAAUAAAAAAAAUCAUUCAGUUCAAAGUUGAAAACCAAACGCAAAAUAAAGUAGAUUGCAUAAAUUUUUGCAUUUGUUUUUAGUUAUAGUAUGUAUC